GUGACGUUUCACCCGGAACAGGAAGUAAAAUGUGUUUGCAAAUUGUGCUGCUAAGAACAACAACAGAAAUUGAAAAUGGAGACUCGCUUCACCAUGGGCAAGUCUGCGAUUCUAGAGCGCUCGCUCACCCGACCCAAGACUGAGGUCAGCGUGAGCGCAUUCGCCCUACUCUUCUCUGAGAUGGUGCAGUACUGCCAGAGUCGGGUGUACUCUGUGUCCGAGCUGCAGGCACGCUUGGCAGACUUGGGUCAAGGCGUGGGGGCCAGCCUGCUGGACGUGCUGGUGUUGAGAGAGAAGAAUGGAAAAAGGGAAACCAAAGUGUUGAACAUACUGCUCUUCAUCAAGGUGUCGGUUUGGAGGGCCCUGUUCGGCAAGGAGGCAGACAAGCUGGAGCAGGCCAACGACGACGACAAGACCUACUAUAUCAUUGAGAAGGAGCCCCUGAUCAACGCCUUCAUCUCGGUGCCCAAGGAGAACAGCACGCUCAACUGUGCCGCUUUCACCGGGGGCGUGGUGGAGGCCAUUCUCACACACAGCGGCUUCCCCGCCAAGGUCACGGUGCACUGGCACAAGGGCACCACGCUCAUGAUCAAGUUUGACGAGGCCGUCAUCGCCCGAGACAAGGCACUGGAGGGCAGAUAGGAUAUAUAGAGUUGAGAGGUAGUAGGAAGUGUGGAUUGAGAUGUAAAAGGGAUGUACUGUAUACCGUAUUGGCUGUAUAAUGUAUAGUGCUUCCUUUCCUAUGUCCUAUUCAUUUUAUUGUCCUGACAGAUGUGGGAGAUGGGAGAAAGUACUCACUUUAACUUCCCUAUCUGUUGGCAAGGUCAAUGUACGUACUUGAAUAUUGCUACGUGGGUGCAGACAGUUUUUACAACAAUGCAUCAAUUUGUGUACAUAGUUACAGAACUUCCCUACUAUGACUAACCCACUAUAACUACGACAUUAUACUUCUUCCACUGCCGUAAAUGAACUUUAUGGCAGUUGCAGAAGGUACACAGAUUUUAUUCAGAAACGUUAGCUUUAAUCGUUAUUUUACCUAUUCGGUGCAUUUGAAUCAGUGAGGACAAUGACAUAGAACAAGGAAAGGAAGCUAGUUGGAAGUACAGUAUUCAUUCAUUCAAAGGACCUACUCUAGAGGCAGAUGAAAGGGAGGAGUAACAGUAUGGAAAGAGGAGUGUGGAUUGGGCAGCUCAGUGAUGUGCUAGUAGUUCACUGAUGAAAAAACAGAAAUGGUCACAAUUGAAUGCGCUUUAUCCUGGACUGAUUGUUCAGCAAGAUGUAGUUUUUGUAAAAUGGAGUCCUCUGAUUUAACAGAAUUAGCUAGCACUGUACAAUGAUAUGCACUGCAGUCUUAUUUGUAAUAUCUUAUGGGUGGGAAAUGUUACAAUGCUCCCCAUUUAGACAUUACACAUCAUUGUGUCAUUGUAAAUAUAUGUGUGGCUGCUUUAAUGUCCACAACUUAUUUGGUGCUUGUAUAUUGCUUUGUCAAAUUGAAAUAAAUACUGUAAUACCUG